GAUUUCUUCUGGGUAGAGCCGAGCGGCUAAAGGGGUCAGAGCCUGCCUCUUCUUCUCGAAUUUCUCCUCCUUGACCAGCGCCUCUUGCUCAUUAAAGGUGAAGUGUCCGAUCUUUUUUCUCGAUUGCCACUAAAACAUUGUGGGCAGAAGGUGUCGUCCGGUAAAAGUAGAAGCUUGUUACACAAAACCCACCUUAACCUAACCAUAGAUUCGUGAGGGAAAUUGGGCGAGGAUCGAAUCACAGAAGCCAUCGAAGAAGGUUUUGCAAACUGUAGGUGGGAUUCGCUUGAAACCCUUUGAUUGUUGGAAUUUGGAAGCUGAAAAUGUCAUUGUUUCAUGUUCAUUAUGCAUUUGGUCAUACCAGGACUGGAACAAAUGAAACUGGAGGAAGUUUUGCGAAGAAGAUGAGAUAUCCAGUAUUGAAGUGUGUGCAAUAUCCAUCAAGAAGUUUGAAUUUGUCUUCUGGAAUUGGUGAAAUGGAUGGAAUAAUCAUCGUUGAUCAUGGGUCACGGAGAAAGGAAUCCAAUCUUAUGCUAAAUGAGUUUGUGAGAAUGUAUAGAGAUAAAACUGGAUAUCCUAUUGUAGAGCCUGCUCAUAUGGAAUUGGCUGAGCCAUCGAUAAGGGAUGCAUUUGGUCUGUGUGUAAAACAAGGUGCAAAACGUGUGGUUGUAAGCCCGUUUUUCUUGUUCCCUGGACGACAUUGGAAUCAGGAUAUACCUUCCUUGACGGCUGAAGCUGCAAAGGAGCAUGUUGGCGUGUCGUAUAUAAUAACUGCACCUCUGGGGCUUCACGAACUACUUGUGGAUGUUGUGAAUGAUAGAAUGAAGCAGUGCUUAAGCCAUGUAUCAGGAGAAGCACAAGAGUGCUCUAUUUGUGUCGGAACUGGUAAGUGUCGGAUCCAUUUGGUUGAUGGAUCAUAAGAGUUGAACUCGAUCUUGAGAAGAAGAACUUUCUUCGAGCAUUCUUCGGUUUUGGCUGUUUGAAGAAAUCUAUUUCCAGACUAAAAAUAACAAAGGAGGAACAUUUUAUCAAAUGUUAAAAGAAUUUCUUACUUACUAUUAUGAGAUUCAAAUUUAAUUUUGGCAUACCCUAAUCUAUAAGCUUCAUAUAUACUCAGU